AUGGCGGCAGUGUUGCAGCAAAUAUUAGAACGUCCUGAAAUAACAAAACUUCCGAAAGCCAUCCAGAGUAAACUGGAAAAGUUUUUGUCUGAGCAGCAAUGUGAAAUCGAUUCUCUGAAAGCCCACCAGGAGCAAUACCGAGUGGACAGUGAACAACAGUACUUUGACAUAGAGAAGCGCUUUGCAGAAAGCCAGGAUCAAUUUGUGUCACAAACACAGGAACAUCAGAGACUCAAAGAGGAGUUCAGCAAGCUCGAGGAUGAGUUGAAAUGUUUACGGGAAAGGAACAAGGAGUAUGAGACUUCCCAGGAGAAACUGGAGGCGCGGCAGAGCCAGCUGUCAAAAGCCAAGGAUGAUCUCGAGGUGGAGAAGCGAGAGCUGGUUCGGACCCUGGAGAGGAGGUCCCAGGAGCUGGAGCAUCAGAGCGAGGACCUUAAGAGGCUAAAUGACAAACUGAUGGAGGUCAACGCAGCAAAACUAGAGCUGCAGAUCAAAGUGGAUGAGCUGGAGGCUGCAGAAGUCUCCAUAAAGUACAGGGAGAAGCGUGUGGAGCAGGAGAAGGAGUUGCUUCAGGGUCAGGUGACCUGGCUGAACGCGGAGCUGAAGGCCAAGAGCGAGGAGCUGUUGGCUCUCUCCCGACAGAAGGGCAACGAGAUCCUAGAGCUCAAAUGCAGCUUGAGCAACAAAGAUGACGAGGUUACCAGAUUACAAGAGCAGCUUGCCAGUCAGAAGGGAUCCAAUGAGAAUCUUCAGAAACAAGCAGAGGAGCUGAUUAGCAAACUGAAAGAGGCCAAAGAACAGCAAACCGGUAUGGAGGAGAAGUUUCAGAAUGAGCUAAAUGCUAACAUCAAGCUCUCAAACCUGUACAAGGGAGCGGCCGCUGACUCGGAGGCUAAAAGUGAGGAGCUGAGCGGAGCCGUGGAGGAGCUUCACAAACUCCUGAAGGAGGCAGGAGAAGCUAAUAAAGCUCUGGAGGCGAAGAUGGCAGAAAUGGAUAGCUCCAAGGAUAAACUGGUGGUUGAGUUGAAGGAGAGAGUCAGCAGCCUGGAGAAAGAACUGGACAACGCCAACGAGCUGCUCUCAGACACCAGACAUAGAGCCGCCUCUGUUCUCACAGAGGAGCAGUUGACCACCAUGUCUCCGACCGCCGCGGCCGUCUCCAAAAUCAUCAAACCUGGCAUGAAACUCACAGAGUUGUACACAGCCUAUGUGGAGUCACAGGAGCAGCUGCAGCUGGAGAAGCUGGAGAACAAGAGGCUGAAUAAGUAUCUGGAUGACAUCGUGCAGGAGGUGGAGGCCAAAGGGCCCAUCCUGAAGAGACAGAGGGACGAACACGAGCGCAUGCAGAAGUCCGUGGCCAGUCUGUCAGCCAAACUGGAACAAGCCGUCAAGGAGGUGCAUCGCUUGCAGAGGGAGGCUGAUGAAGCCAACAAGCGCGCAUCUCAUUUGGAAAGAGACAACCAGAGGUUUGAGGUCCACCAAGCUGACUUGGCUCAACAGGUGCGUGUAUUGCUGAUUGAGCUGGAGGAGGCGCGCGGAAACCACGUCGCCAGGGACGACGAACCCGUGUGCUCGGCGGACGUGAGCAGCACGUCCGAGGUGAUCUCGCAGCACCUGGUGACCUUCCGCAGCGUCGAGGAGCUCCAGCAGCAAAACCAGCGCCUCCUGGCGGCGAUCCGAGACCUCGGCGAGGCGCAGGAGGCGAAGGAGCUGGAGGCGGACUCAGCCAAGUGUGCAGAGUUGGAGAAGAGUCUGGAAAAAGCUCAGAGUGAGCUGGAACAGCUGAGGGAACAGCGCGCUCAUCAGAUGCAGCUGGCCGAAUCCAUCGUCCGCCAGAGAGACAUGUACCGUGUCCUGCUGGCCCAAGCCACCGGAGUCAGCUUCCCCCAGCAAGGAGCAGCUUCCGAGGAGUUCUCCCUGACCUCCACCCCUCGUCGGUCUCCUGCAGUCACGCCCACCGCGGCCACACCCACCGGACUGGUCGCCAUGGAAUCCACUGAGACCGUUGAAGCUAAGGCCGCCCUCAAACAGCUGCAGGAGGUGUUUGCGGGCCUUAAGAAGGAAAAGGCGGAGAGUGAGAAGGCUCUGACGGAGCAAAACGAGAAACUGCAGGAGCAGGUUUCUGAGCUGCGCUCCCAAAACGCUAAAAUCUCCACCCAGCUUGAGUUUGCCUCCAAACGGUACGAGAUGUUGCAGGAUAACGUCGAGAGUUACCGAAAGGAGAUUGCCUCUCUCAGAGAAAAGGGUCAGAAGCUGACGACCACGGCCCAGAAGAACGAGCAGACCAUCCACACGCUCACCCAGGACCUGCAGGCAGCCAAUGAGAAACUGUCGAUGGCUGAGUCUCAGGCAGAGAGCCUGCGUAAAGAGAGGGACAUGCUCAGGAUAGCAGAGUCCAGACUGACCCAGGAGAAGGAAUCCAUCCUCAGUCAGCAGCGUGGACAGAACCUGCUGCUUACCAACCUCAAAUCCAUACAGGCCACUCUGGAACGGUCUGACACUGAGACCAGGCAGCGUCUGAACGCUCAGGUCGAGAAGCAGGAGAGAGAGAUCGCUCAGCUCCAGAAGAGACUGGAACACGAAGUCGAGCAGAGACACCUCCAGAGCCGUAACCAAGAUGUACAGGUGCUGGAUGCUAAGAAACAGCUGGAGGCACAGGUUGCUCUCCACCAGAAGACCAAGGAGCUGCUGAGUGCUGCCCAGUUGGAGCUCAACACCCUCAGGCUGCAGCUGAACAGCGGAGAUGGCCGCAUGUCCUCCCCCACCGCCCAGGGCGCGGCCUUCAGAGGUCAGAACGGCUCGGAGACUGACGUGGAGGAGCUGCGUGGCCGUCUGAGACAGGCGGAGGCGCAGGCGGAGGAGCUGGCCGAGCGACUGAGGACAACCGUCGCCAGCAUGGAGCAGUACAGGACCAUGAGCCUCAGCCUGGAGGAGUCUCUGGAGAAGGAGAAACAGGUGACGGAGCAGGUGCGCUCCUCCAUCGAGGCCCAGAUGAGGGAAGCUCAGGAGCAGCAGCGGCAACUGGAGCAGAAGCUUCUGGAAGUGGAGAAGGAGAAACAGGGGAUGCAGGAGGAGAGCCGCAAAGCCGUGUCCGCAGUGGAGCAGCAGAUGACUGAGCUCAGGAGGAAUCUGACCAACGUCCAGACUGAACUACAGGAAGCCUUGCAGAGGGCAUCAGUCGCUGCCUCCCAGGAACAGCAGGCUAUCUUGGACUGUCAGCAGCAGGUUAAGCUGGCCGCCGAGGCCCAGGAUAAGUACGAGCGGGAGCUGAUGUUGCACGCGGCUGACGUGGAGGCCCUCCAGGCAGCCAAGGCUCAGGUCCAGCAGGCAGCCCAGCUCAGACAGCAGCUGGAGGAGAGAGCUCAGAGAGCCAGCGCCCAGCUCAUGGAGGCCCGCAUUUCCUGGGAGGAACAGGAAAAGAUACUCAAGGAGGAGCAGGGUAAGGUGACGACAUGCUGUGAGGAGUUGCAGAGACAGAACGAGCUCCUUCACGAGCAGGUUCAGAGCCUGAGCAGUAAGAUGGCCACCACCCUGCAGCAGGCAGCCAAUGAAAGUCCUCUGAACGUCUCCCUCAGCGAGGAGGGCAAGUCCCAGGAGCAAGUGCUGGAGAUCCUCAGGUUCGUGCGGCGGGAGAAGGAGAUUGCUGAGUCCCGGUUCGAGAUGGCCCAGGGUGAGAGCCUGAGACACAGACUGAGAGUGGAGCAUCUGGAGCGGGAACUGAAGGAGCUUCAGGACAGCCUGAACGCUGAGAGAGAGAGGAUGCAGGUCACUGCGAAGACUCUGGCCCAACACGAUGAACUGAUGAAGAAGACCGAGACCAUGAAUGUGCUGGUGGAGACCAACAAGAUGCUCCGUGAGGAGAAAGAGAAGCUGGAACAGGAGCUGCAGCAGACCCAGGCCAAGGUGCGUAAACUGGAGUCAGACAUCUCGCCCAUGCAGGAGUCCAACGCGGAGCUGAGCGAGAGGAGCGGCAUGCUGCAGGCCGAGAAGAAGCUUCUAGAAGAAGAAAUCAAGCGUUGGAAGGCCAGAACGCAGCACCUGGUGAGCCAGCAGAAGGACACAGAUCCGGAGGAGUACAAGAGACUCCACUCCGAGAGGGAGGCUCACGUCAAACGCAUCCAGCAGCUCACGGAGGAGACGGCACGCCUCAAGGCCGAGGCCGCGAGGAGCAGUGGCGCGGUGACCACGCUGCAGUCUCAGCUGCAGGCGCUGAGGGAGAAUUUGGGGAAGGUCUCCACCGAGAGAGACAGCCUGAAAAAGGAGGUGGACACCAAGGCGGCGGACAUCCAAGAGAAACUGAAGACCAUCACUCAGGUCAAGAAGAUCGGACGCCGAUAUAAAACCCAGUACGAGGAGCUCAAGGUGGAGCACGACAAGGUACGUUCCUCAGCCUCCACAGCUCCAACUCAGAGGGGCCCGCAGGCUUCAGACCAGGAGCUCCAGUCUCUCCGAGACUCUCUCAGCCAAUCAGAGACCAGGAUCAGGGAGCUGGAGAGUCAAGUGGAAAACCUGAACAAGACGGCGUCUGAGCGGGAAACUGAAGCGAGGAACGCGCAGGAGCAGUCCUCCCGCCUGCAGGGGGAGCUGUCUCGACUGAGGCAGGAACUGCAGGAGAAAGGCUCUCAGGAAGAGCAGCUUCGACAGCAGCUGGCCGAGAAGGAGGAAAAGACCAAGAAAGCCUUCCUGGGGGCCAAGCAGAAAAUCAACCAACUCAUCGCGUCUAAGGAUCAGUUGGUGAAGGAGAAUGAGGAGCUGAAGCAGCAGAGGGAGGAGCUGGAGGUGAGAGUCAGUGCCCUCAAGUCCAACUACGAGGGACGUCUCAGCCGGCAGGAGAGAGAACUGCGAGACCUCCGUGAGCAACAGGAGAGACACGGCGAGCAAAGAGAUGAGCCGACAGAACAAGCCCCCAGCAAGCAGAGAACCGUGGAGCAGAGACAGAUCACACUAAAGACGACCCCAGCCACCGACAGAGGAAGUACCAGCACCUCUGAGCCACCCACUGCCAACAUUAAGCCCACUCCGCUGGUGGCCACCCCCAGCAAGCCUCCUGCCAUUCCCGGGAACAAGCCGACGCCCAGGGCCAGCAUUCGCCCAAUGAUCACCCCUGCCCCGGUGCCCACACCCACACCCACGGCCACCGUCAUGCCCACCACUCAGGUGGAGACCCAGGAAGCGAUGCAGUCAUCAGAAGGUUCAAUGGAACAUGUGACCGUGUACGGAAGUGCCAGCGGUUCCGUGCGUUCGACCAGUCCUAACGUUCAGACAACACUGGCCCAACCAAUGCUGUCUGUCCAGCAGAGCCAAGCCACCGCGUUCGUCCAACCCACCCAGCAACAGAGCCUGCCCCCUGCCGAGCCGGCCAAUCAGGAACAGGCGGCUGCCGUAAUGAUGGAGGCAGCACCCAGCUCACAGGUGGAGAGGCCGUCUACGUCCACAGCUGUGUUUGGGACAGUUUCGGCGACGCCCGGAAACUCCAUGACCAAACGCCCACGGGACGAGGAGCAGGAGAGCGCCGCGGCUGACACGGAGACCACGCAGGAAGACCCCUCCGACCCGCCCAACUCCAAAAAACUCCGUAUCCAGAGAAUGGGCGUGGAGGAGGAGAUGUUGGCCGAGGACAGCACUGAAGCCGAGAGCGUGGUGCCAGGGGAGAUGCAGGAAGCACCAAACGCCAGCCAGGAUUUGGAGGCCUAUCCCACCCUGCUGGAGGAGGUGGAGGAGGCGGGGGCUUCUCAGUCAGUCCCGGUCGAGCCAAUGUUAUCUCAGCCGUCCGACGCCUCGCAAGCACACACGCAAGAGGAGCCUGGCCACACCCAGAGCGUCAUAGUCAUCGACAGCGACACGGACAGCGAAGAGGAGCAGGAGGAGGAGACCGACGAAGAGGAGGAAGAGGAGCAGGACUAUGAGGAGGAGGAAGAGGAGGACGAUGAGGAAGACGAUGAAGACGAUGAUGGUGGGAUUGGAGAGGAGGGAGAGGAGAGCAACGAGGGAAGCGGGAGUGGAGACGGCAAUGAGGCGUAUGAAGGCGACGACACAGAGGGUGCUGAUGUGACUGAUCCAGGCACUGAGACAGAGGAGAGUCUUGGAGCGACAGACUCCACCCAACGCAUGGCCGACUCUCACUCCGUCAGUGUUGAACGUGACGUGGUGGAGGCUUUCUCAACUGAACCACCAGUCACUAGUACAGGCCCCCGGCCUUCACAGUCGCCACGGAGACCGCCACACCCCUUACCGCCUCAUCUCAAUAUCUCAGCCCCGGCCACUCACGAACUGGGCCCGCCAUCGCAGGUCCCGCGAGUCCCUGCAGGACGAAGUGUUCAGGUCACCCAGAGCAUGUCCAGCAGUACGCAGCAGCAGCAGCAGCAUUCAUCUGACAACGAUGACAGGAUGGUGCCCAGCACGCCCACUCUGUUUUUACCUCCUCGCUCAGACGGCUUCGGUGACGGCAUCCACUCUCCACAGGUGGCGGGAGUCCAGCGCUUCCGUUUCGGCCCCCCAGACGAGCUGCCCCACACCAGUUCCUCUCACUCUGACCUGGGUCAGCUGGCCUCUCAAGGAGGUCUGGGCAUGUAUGAGAGUCCUCUGUUUCUCACAGCCCAAGAGGAGGAGUCGGGUGGCCGGAGCGUUCCCACCACGCCCCUACAGGUGGCUGCCCCAGUGACCGCCUUCUCAGAGACGCUCUCGUCAGACGUGCCCGAGCACGCCUCGCAGUCGGUACCCAUGGUAACCACAUCCACACCGGGCCUGAGCGCUCCUGGGGGCCCCAGCGGGGGCGACGAUCGGGAUAACAUAUUCAUGGAGGCCGCAGCAGAGGGUGUGGGCUUGUCUCUGGAGCUCGUGUCCCAGACUGAGGGAUUUCAAAGGGUCAGCGAGUCAACCCAACCUUCUGACGACGCCACUCUCCCCUCUACCAGCCAGGAGCCCUCGUCCAGCUCCGCAGAUACAAGCAGUACUCAACCACCCAAAGCCAGGACUGGCUCUGGAAGAGCAUGGAUAGGAGGAAACAGACAAAAAAAGAGGGGAGGGUUCGGCAUGUCGGGGGUACGAGGGCCUCUCACCAGGUGAACACAGAGAGAGAGAGAGAGAAUACCAGAAGAGUCAUCAUCAUUCCUGUUCCCCAUGGCAACACAAGACAUUUCUGUUCCUUUCAGACUGUACCUUUAUCAUAUUUUUCUUCCUCUUAAAAGCUUUGAGAAUUUAAUCAUAAACGUGUCUCCUUUUUUUUUUUUUUAUCUGAAAUGUUUGUGAAGAGUCUACAGCAGUGUGUAAUUUUAUGGCAAAGACAAUAAAGACUGAUUGAAAA